GUAAACUGAAGACAUGGAUGCAAUCCUGUAAGCAGCUGGGGAAGGAAAAAGAAAUGUUGCCGAAACAAACUGCUGACCAUAAUGCUCUAUUAAAGGAGCACAAGCCAAGUGCUGAUGAGGUUGCCAUCUACCUACAUUCACUGACCCAGGACAACGAGCCAGAGUAUGAGCCAGAUGGACUCCCAGAGGUGGUCAGAAAAGGCUUUGCUGAUAUUCCUACUGGGAAAACCAACCCCUGUGUUUUGCGCAAAACAGCGCUAAACCUAAAGACCAGUGCCCGUCUUGCUGCUCAAAGCCAAAAUUUGUCACCAUAUGGCCAACGUUUACAAAAAGGUAGAUGAUACUCAGCAGUGCCAAGCAGAAACAGCUAUUGAACCCAU